AUGCCUGCUCUUUUGAAGGAGGCGCCAGAGAUCAGAUUGCUGCCAGUGGCCAAUGAAGAGGCUUUGCAGAAGAUCAAUGCACUGGAAAAUGAGCUGGCUAACUUGAGAGCACAGAUUGCCAAGAUUGUUACUAUCCAAGAGCAGCAAACUGUGACUGCAGGUUCUGUUUCUACACCUGUUUUCACCUUGUGCAGCACCUCCACCCCCGCCUCCACCUCCUCCUCCUCCUCCUCCUCCACCACCUCCUGCUCUUCACAGAAGUAUCUCUGCAAUAGACCUGAUUAAGGAGAGAAAGGGCAAGAAGAACAAUGUAGAAGCAACAGUGCUAGACAGCAUACCAAAGAAGCCAGAAAUGCCAAACAUGUUGGAUGUUCUAAAAGACAUGAAGCAAGUGAAGUUGCGCUCUGUGAAAAGAAUACCUGAAGGCUCAAAACCUAAGCCAUGUGACCCAACUGACCCAGCAGCUCUUAUUGCUGAAGCUCUAAAGAAGAAGUUUGCAUACAGAUAUCGAAGUGAUAGCCAAGGAGAGUCAGACAAACCUGUUCCAAAGAAAGAGCCAAAGAGGGCUGCAGAAACACCAAUGUUUGGACCUCACAUGUUGAAAUCAACAGGAAAAAUGAAGACCCUCAUUGAAUCGAAACAUUCCUGA